AUGAAGAUAAAGCAGCAUGCUGUCCAUGCUUACCGACUAUACCAGCACUAUUUUCCAACAGAUAGAAUACUUGCACAACGUAUAUUCAAAGCCACGGUGAAUACCACUGUGGCUUUCAUAUUUACGCUGAUCCCGAAAGUUAGAGACCAUAUAGGUACCGAACCUGCAAUGCUGCCACUGAUAUCUGUUAUCGUGCAUCCUGGAAGAAGAGUGGGUGGUACUAUUAAAGGUGCCAUGUACUGUACAACAGGUUUGAUAUUUGGUUUAGCCUAUUCUUUGCUUGGUAGAUUUCUGGCAGCACAAUGUCUGGGAAGUACGUGGAAUACGCUAACUGAACAUGAGCAGUUGGUCUUACACUUCAACAGAUACAGAUCAGCAUUGGCUAUUUUAGCUAUGUUUGAGACAAUCAUGUUGUUUGUACACGGAUGGUUUAGAUCUGUUAAUCAUUUUUAUUUUGGUAUUGUGUUUCCACUGUUUCUGGUAGUCCAUUUCACAUUCAUGGCUCCUCUUUCAGAAACUCCUGGCGUGAUUGCAAAUUCGUUUAGUACACCGUUUUAUCUAGGUAUUGCAAUGUCAAUCUUUUUCAAUCUCAUAUUAUUCCCAGAAUUUGGUAGUACUUAUUUAGGUAAUGCGGCAGUUGACACAUUUAAAGAAGUGCGUAAAUCAGUCAAAGACUCCGUUGAAUUCUUUGUCAACGCCCCAUUACCAGAUUCUGCUGCUAUAGAACCGGUCUCACUUAAUAAGUUACUGAAAUAUAAAACAUUGGUAAGGUCUAAGAUAAGUAAUUGUGAAGUGGUAUUGGAAGAAUGCAUGUAUGAAAUAUCGUACUCCUAUCUGUCUCCUGUUAAGCUUCAUCCACUAAUACCUAGUUUGAAAGAUAUGUCAAUUUAUAUAACGGGAUUAGUGAAUGCCUGUCAACUAGAGUUUAUGCUGUUAAAGGAACUAAAUUUGGAAAAUAUUGAUAAAUUAAAGGAGCUGGUCGAUAUAAUGAAAAAACGAAUAGAUGAUUGUUUGGUAGCUGAUAUGAUACUGCUCGCUUAUGGCUUCGAUGUAGAUAUAAACAGAUUAGAAGUUCCAGAGCUAAAGGGUAAGAAACUAAGCCAGGUUGCGGAAGAAGUUGACCACUCAAAACAUAUUGAGCUGCUUGAAGAAUCAUUGAACGCAUUUAAAUCUAAAGUUGAAGAGGAGAUUCUAACAGUCGAUAUAGAUCUUCUGAAGCCUGACGAAGAAUUGUUUUUGUUUUCAACAUUCUUGAUAAAUUUAAAACAAGCGGUGGAGAGUAUCAUUGUAUUAACUACUCAGGUUCACUCUGUUUACGAGUCUAGGAAAAGAAGGGAAGUGAAAAGAGGAUACUUUGGUAGAUCACUAUGGAUCCCAUUCUUUCAAAAUUAUAAGAAUUUCCCAAUAUUUGGUACUAGUAAGAUGACAGAAAAUGAUGGACUUAGAGGCACUCUCAAUGGCGCUGGUGAAAAAACAGAGUUUGUCGCAAGACGUCCAUCAUAUGAAGAAGACGAGUUACUUAACCAACAGGCGAAUACUAAUAGAAGAAACGAAUCAGAUCUAGUCUUGCCAUUAAUAAAAACACCAACUAUGAGUAGAACAAGAAAAGUGCUUGAAGAUCUGCCCGUUAAAGCUCACAAAUUUAUUAUCAGAUCCAAGGAGCAUUUCAGAUUUGGUUUUCAAGUUGUUGUUGCAUUAAUGUUAGCAUCAUUUCCUAUGUUUAUACCAAAUAUUAGAAGCUGGUAUAUUAGUUAUAGGGGUACUUGGAUAGGUUUCGUGUGUAUUCUUUGUUUAGAGCCAUCUGUUGGUGGAACGUUCUGGGUGUUUUUCUUAAGAGGUGUUGGUGUUAUUACAGGCGCUGCUUGGGGAUAUCUUUCCUAUGCUGCUGGUAUACAUAAUACCAAUCCCUAUCUUGAGACAGUGAUAACUGUUUUUGGUGCAGUUCCUGGUUUUUAUUUUCUACUAGGUAGUCCUUACGUUAAGGCCGCAAUUAUCCAGAUUAUUAGUAUUUACAUUGUUAUUUUAGCCGCCAUGCUUCCUACGGAUAAUCCAUCAGGAAUUUUGUUAAGUUUUGCUAAGAGAUGUCUUGCAGUUGGUUACGGUGGUGGUAUUGCGUUGAUCGUUCAGCUGUUUUUCUUUCCAGUAAAAGCUCGGGACCAACUUAAUGAGGAGAUCUCUUUCAUUUGUGGUUGUAUCAGUGAGAUAGAGUUACUAUAUUCAGUUGGGUUAGAUGGUGAAGAACACGAAACUACACUUACCCAACAGAGAUUUGAAAAAAUUAAAAAGCUAUCCGCUAGUGCAAAAGCUGCAUUAACAAGAGCUACAGCUUAUAAAGGGCUAACGAGGCAAGAACCGAGAUUGAAAGGUGAAUAUACUGGUUUGGAGAAUAUCUUUACGGAAGUUAUUUUUGUUCUACAACAGAUUGUUGAGCGUAUGGAUAAUGCGGCCAUUUUGCGGAGGCAUUACGGUAGUAGUAUUGCGAAAGGUGUGAAUCCCAUUGUUUACGCUUAUAGAAGACAACUGGUUGGAUCUACAAUAGCAUUAUUUAGGGCAGCACAAGAAGCUUUCAAUAAUAAAACACCUCUACCUCAGUUCUUACCUAGUGCUAGAUUGGCCCACAGAAGACUCCUCGUUAAGAUUUCUAAAGUACUACCUCAAAUAGCUAACAUUCCAUCUAUUACAACCGAAUCGAGUAAUAAAAUGCAAGAUAGCACGUCUUCUAGUGAUAGUGAAGAAGAACUAACUUUCACUGCAAAGCAAUCCAAAUUGACUAGGAAGGUUACUUUUGAUAGAGAAACCUAUCUAACAUGGAAUGCAACCAGUGCUUCUACUGAAGAAAUAAUUGAUUACAUUGAAGAGUUGAUAGAUUUGACAAAAAUAUUGGUUGGAGUUAAUGAAUUCAAGUACGGAUUUUUAUCAAGGCCAAUUUAUGAAGAUUGGGCAACAGAAGCUGCAACUGGCUUUGAUGAAUUUAUAAACUCAGAAAAGGUAAGCAUGCUGAAAAAUGUUCCAACCUUCAAUGAAGAAGACGAGUAUGAAAGCGUAACGAAUGUUGAAACAAGCAAAAGUUCAAAUUUCAGACAUAAUACCAACAACACAACUAGCACAGAAGCCAAUGCCUCACGUCACAAUAACUUUGACCUUUACGGUAUGGAAUCGGCAUCUGAUCUAUCAUCUGAUAUGGACUCUGCUUCUGCCAUGUCACCUAGAAAUCCUGUUGCAUUGGAAGAUGAAAACCAUCAUGGGACUGCCAAUAUUCAUAGCGGGACUGCAUUAAAUCUUGCCAGGAUAGCUUCGCAUAAAGCUGGAAGUAAAGUCGAUGCACUUCCGAAAAACUUUAGAGACAGGAGUUUCUCCAUCGGUUCAAUAGCAGGCCAACUUCCUGGGCUUUCUAGGCGAAGAACACUUGGAGAAGCAAACGAUGACUAUUAUGAUGAAAAUGCUUCAUCCGAUGAGGAAUUGCCGCUUACACUUAAAAAGAUAUUGAGUAAAGGCAAAAAGAAAAAUUGA